GAGAAUAGCCUGGAUGACUGGAUAGCUAGUUUGAACUUUGAACCGAUAAGAUUGACAACAAGCUCAAUGAUGAAUACUGCUCCAGUUGGCAUGCUCUCGAACAGGGGUCGCCUGUCGGCUCUCGCCUCAUCCUCUCAAAAUUUGAAGCGAAGCAGCUAGUCGUUCCCUCGUCUCUUCCUCGUCUUCCACCGCCCCUUUCCUCCCCUACGGCGGUGCACAACCUGUAUAAAUACCUGCUCUCCUCCUUCCCCUGCAAGCUCCGCCGAACCAAAGCCUCCCCUCUUCGAUUCCGAAUUCCCCCGUUUCCUCCAAACCAUCGCCCUCCUCCUCCGCCCAAACCCUAGGUCUCCUGUCCACCGCAACCCUCCCCUGCUGCUCGGCAUUUCCACGAACACCUUGCGCGCCUCUUCUCCCGCACGGGCGCCUUCCGCCCAGUUCUCGCCGCUACACCUUGUCCGCGCGCCCCCUCGCAAGCGACAGCCAUCCGCGACGAGAUCCGGGAGGCCGCACCGCCCACCCCCGCGAUGGACAGCUCCCCGGAAGCAGCGGCCAUGCAGGCGCUCAAGCUCCACGUAGAUGGCCACCACGCGGAGGCGCUGGACCGCGCCGUCGAACUCGCCCGCGAGCACCCCGGCACGCUCGCGCUCAACUUCGCAGGCUACCUCCACCAGCAAGCCUGCGCCAACAUGUCCCCCGACGACGAGGAGGCCAUAACCAAGAUGGCGUAUCACAUGCAGGCCUCCCUCGACGCCUUCUCCUACUGUGCGGAGACCGUCCCCAACUGCGUGGUGACCGCCGUCAACCACGGCAAGGCGCUGGCCGCCCGCGGGCAGUUCGGGGAGGCGCAGCAGGAACUGUUCCGCGCCCUCUCCCUGACUCACACCGACUUCGUCGACCCGGCGGUGCACAACGUGGGGUACGACGUGUUCAACGGCGCCACCGUGAAGCAGAGGAAGCAACACGCCCGGACCAUUGCCAGCCUCGUCUCAGAGGAGUUGGCGGAAACGAUCUGCGGCGAGGUUGUCCCCAGAGAGGCCCUGGUGUUGCUGAACCGCACCAAGCUUGGCGAAGAUUGUGCAAGUGCAGCAGGUCUUCUCGCGGAGACCUAUCCGUACUUGGCGCGCGCCCAUCAUCUCCGCGCAUACAUCGACUUGGAACAAGUCCGUGCCCUCGACCCGGCAAAGGACAAGAAGCUGCUUCUGCGCCGCACUCUCGGCUUGAUUCGUGACGCGGCAAAAAUCUUCAACGACUCGCUCGUGAUAGCCUUGUUCCACGCCAAGCUCUUGUUCGUCCUGAAUGAGUUUGAUGACGCGGAGAGAGAGUGCCGCCGAGCACUUAGCAUCGAGACGCCGAAUGACCCCAAUUUGGAUGACCUACCUCCUGGAGCCGUCAGUGGGGAAGAUAUGGAUGCCAGGGUAUCUUCUGUCAAGAAGCAGGUCCGUGUCUUACUGAAGCAGAUCGUAGUUGCGUGUGCCAUAUACUGGUGCUCUAUGAAAAGCACGCAGCAGGGCAAAGGCGUCAUAUCAGUGAGCGUUGACACUCUGCAUCAGCACUAUGAUAGAUCCGACCAGACGGCAGCAAAGACCAUAUCUGAUGCACAGCGCUUUGUCAAGAAGUUCGAUUCAUGGAGUUUCUGGAUUUGCCCCGCCCCCGAUUCCCAUUGUGAUGGCAAGAAGUUUAUGAACACUGAUUCGCUCUGGCAACACAUGUGCGCCAAGCACCGAGAUAAGCUCUGGAAUAACUUGCAGUCAAUCUUAGGUCCAGAACUUUGUGAAAUUACAUCAGAGGAUGAUUACUCAUUAGAUGGGAUAACUCUCUGUCAAGAUUCAGGCAAGCGUGACAUCUUCAGUUUACCAAGGAUGCAAGAUAUGUUUGAAUCCUUGCUACUUUGGCCAUCUAUUGGAAUAAUAGCUCCAGAAUCCAUUGCUGAAAUGCGACAAAGGAAAAGGAGAGAAGGAUCUGAGAUCCUUGAGAGCAUCAAGGAGAAGUUGAGGACGUUGCCUGCAGAUACACUUAGCACUGAGUUUGAGGAGUGUUGUUUUGGAGUACAAAAUUUGUGGCUUAAGUUCCUCGAAAUUUCUGUUGUGGAUUAUCGUGAAGUCAUCUUGCCCCUCGCGAGAUCAUUCCAAUGGAUAGAGAUGAAAAGAUGUAUUUCUCGGAAUGUAAAAGGUCCUCGUACGAUUAUUAGUAAUGCCAAUAUUGACGCUGUAUUCAGUAAAAUUGAUCACCAAGUGGAGAACCUAAAGCCUUCAUGCUCAGACGAGACACUUAUGGCUGAUGAAAAAUGUGAAGAAAGUGAAGUUGAUGUUGAAGAUAGCAAUUCUGGGACCUUGGUAAACCAAAGAUUGUCUGAUCCACCAAUUGGCAUCCCAGAAAACGGGACAGACCUAGCUUUAAGAAUGGCAGAAGUGGAACCAGACAAAAAAGGAACUUCUGACCAAUCUUUUGAUGAAAUGGCAAGCACCUCCAGCUGUCAAGAAAGUGCUAUUGUUUUCAACAAAAACGGUGCUGACAAAGACCUGUUUAACUUUAGCUUCAUCAUACAGUCAUUAUGCAAUCUGAGACACUUCAGAGAUAAGUUUCUAACGGAGCCACUUGUAUGGACCCCGUCUGUUGACAACCCCUGCAUGGCUCAGAUAUUUUAUGAAAUCUUCUCUUCCUGGGAAAAAAAUGAACGCUACCUAACGAAUAUUCUACUGAAUUACAUGAAGACCCUUCUCUGUGGACUUGCAGAUUGCACCAGUUUUUAUGAAAAGUUACAGGUUGGGAAAAUUUUUGCUUCUGAGAUUGUGGCCACAGUUCUCAUUGGAUUGCAUAUGUCAGAAACUUCUUCGCGAUUUAGUUUCAACAAGGUGACAGAAAGGCAGGUAGUAAACCCAAACACGUGCGGAGAUUGCAUAUGCCCAACACAUAAACUAUUUGGGAUCAAGUUUGAAGCGCAAAUGAGCUGUGGUUGUGGGAAGUGUUCUGAUGGAUACCUAUAUGCCACACUUUUCCAUAAACUUGAUGCUGGUUCACCUCAAACAACAAAGAUCAAGUCUUUUGCAGAUCUUCCGGUUCUAUUGGAUGAACAAUUCUGUAAGGAGAACAACUGCAAGGAUUGUGGAAAUCUGCAGGCUGUUGAGCUCUCUCUUUCAAACACGCCACACUUCAUUACAAUAGUUUUAAACUGGCUAGGUGGCAAUGAAAGCCAGGACACACUCUCUGAAGUGAUGGAUGGUCUAACAUCUCCCCUUGAGACCGAAUUCUUCUGCAGAAGUGCUCAUUCUGCAACUAUGUAUACUGUCACCUCCAUGGUAAUCAAAAAAGGAGGAGAAAGCAAUGAGUUAUUUGGUAUUGGUGCUAUUUGUUACUUCUUCCUUGACUGGUGCUGGAUGCUAUGUUAAUUUGGAGAUCUGUGUUAUGCAUCUUAAUUAUAUGCAUAGCCGUAUUAUACUCACAAGCUGAGAGAGGCCAAGUUGGUAUUACUCUGAAGACUGAAGCAAGGUUACUGUUUUUCUGGAAUAAAAUGGAACACAGUAAUAGGUGGCACCGUGACCAGGUUUAAACUGACCAGAUUACUAGGAUAUUUCUGUUGAAGUGGAUAACGGGUUCAAAUUAUGGUCCGUCGUUUCUGAGUUGGUCAUAUUAUAUAGUAAUUUGGGAGAUAUUUGCAAGUCGUUUAAUGGUCCUAUCUGAGUAAUAUGUUCUCUCGUUUACUUCACUGAUAUCAAAAUAUUUGGAAGAGUCAACAGAAUAAUUUCAGCAAGAAACAAUGCUGGUGUAAUCCUUAUGUUGCUGACAUUUUGUCUUUCAAAUGUUCCAUUGAUUGAACACUGGAUUGGUAACCUGGUUCGACCUUGUAACAUCUGCUGCUCUCACCAAAUAGCUGCAUUAUUUCCCUUCCCUUCAUAUCAAAUAGGAAAUGGUUUCAUCAAA